AUGGCCACUACGUCGCCUCAACGCGAGAGGAUGAACCAGCUCCGAUCUGCCAUUCUCACCCGCCCUGCCCUGCACUGGGUUGCCGAUGUCCUUGCCAACCUCCGACACCAGUGGGACACUAUCACAGAGUCUGUUCCCGAGCUUCAGGACUAUGCCGGCGGAGAACUCCUGGACGACCUCCACGAGUGGGUACGAACAGGUGUGUUCCCACAAGGGACGCACGCCUUUCCGCUCCCCAACAUUCUCUUGACACCACUGGUCGUCAUCACUCACUUGGCACAAUAUUGGUCCUUCAAGGAACGGGCUGGGGCUGCUGCUUCUCCUCCAAGCCAACAGCGUCGCAGCGAGACCCUGGGCUUGUGUACUGGCAUUCUGAGCGCGGCUGCCGUGUCGAGCGCUGCCAAUGAUGCUCAGCUUCAAAGGUUCGGCGCGGUGGCUGUGCGCCUGGCCAUGGUGAUCGGUGCUCUUGUCGACGCUCAAGAUUUUGAUGGGAAAGGACAGGCAAAAUGGAGUGUUUUCUCCGCGGUGUGGACCUCGGCCGAUCUGGACGGUGUACUUGAGGCAGUGUUGCCAGAAUAUCCCGAGGCAUACACUUCUGUCCUCCCAGAUGAGCGACGGGCCACAAUAACCUGCCACAGGACAGACGUAGAUUCCCUCCAGGAACGCCUGAAAAGUGCCGGCCUGAGCACCACCAACCUGAGCCUACGCGGCAGUUUCCACAACGCAAGCAAUACCAGCCUAGCCGAGUCCCUCAUUCACUUUGCCGACAGGCACAGGGAUUUCCAGUUUCCAGACAUUGCCGAGUUAGUGCUGCCUACGCGGCUCGACUCGGGAGGCAGCGAUUAUUCUGUCACGACGACAAGAACAAAAACAAGACCAGGCUCUCUACACGAGAAAGUGGUGCACUCCAUGCUGACAGAGCAGGCGAAUUGGCAGCAGGCCUUCAAGGGAUUGCUGAAGCAGCAGCAGACGCCCAAGGUUGCUGUGUCAUUCGGCCUGGAGCGCUGUGUGCCAGGCUGGUUGUCGCGCAAGCUCGGGGCGCGGCUGGUGCAGAUCACCAGUCUGGAUGAGCUGUCGGCCGAGGAAAAGGAUAAGCUUUCCAACACGCUGUGGCCAGGAGGAGUGGCUUCGGACGAUGCUGUCGCGGUGGUGGGUAUGUCCUGUCUGCUUCCAGGCGCCCCUGACCUUGACGGAUUCUGGGAUAUUCUGUGCGCCGGCAAGUCACAGCACAAAGAGGCUCCCUCGGACCGUUUCUUCUUUGAGACUGCAUGGCGCGAGGCAGAUCCGCAGCGCAAGUGGUACGGGAACUUCCUCGAGGACUAUGACACGUUCGACCACAAGUUCUUCAAGAAGAGCCCGCGCGAGAUGGCCUCGACAGACCCACAGCACCGAUUGAUUCUACAGGCUGCCUACCAGGCCAUAGAGCAGUCUGGGUACUUUAAUAACCCCACUGAGGAUAAGCACAUUGGCUGUUAUGUCGGUGUCGGUCUGGUCGACUAUGAGAACAAUAUCGCUUGUCAUCCAGCUGGUGCUUUUGCAGCCACGGGCAAUCUAAAGUCGUUUGCCGCCGGGAAAAUCAGCCAUUAUUUUGGCUGGACAGGACCAGGCCUUACUAUCGAUACGGCUUGUUCCUCCUCAGCCGUCGCUGUCCAUACAGCGUGCAGGGCAAUCUUGUCUGGUGAGUGCUCAGGAGCGCUGGCGGGCGGGGUAAACGUCAUGACGAGCCCGGAAUGGUUCCAGAACUUGGCGGGUGCGUCGUUUCUGAGCACGACGGGACAGUGCAAGCCCUUUGAUAUUGAUGCGGAUGGAUACUGUCGAGCGGAAGCGGUCGGGGCUGUCUACCUCAAGAGGCUUUCGACAGCCAUUGCAGACGGGAACCAAAUUCUGGGUAUCGUCGCAUCAUCUGGCGUGUACCAGAACGAGAAUUGUACCGCCAUCACUGUGCCCAACGCUCCCUCACUUUCUGGGCUGUUCCGAGAUGUAGUCAACCGUGCUGGCCUUGAGCCUAGACAAGUGUCUGUCGUUGAGGCGCACGGGACUGGUACACCAGUGGGCGACCCGGCCGAGUACGACAGCGUACGGCGUGUGUUUGGUGGUUCCAGCCGCUCAGGAGGUAACGCACUGUCCUUGAGCUCUGUCAAGGGCCUUCUGGGUCAUUCAGAAUCGGCAUCUGGUAUUGUCGCCCUGCUCAAGGUUCUGCUCAUGAUCACCAAGAGGGCCAUUCCUCCACAGGCCUCCUUCAAGACCAUCAAUCCUAGCAUACACGCCACUCCGGCAGAUAACAUUGAGAUCCCGACCAGCGUGAGGCCUUGGGACGUUGAGUAUCGAGCGGCAUUGAUCAACAAUUACGGCGCUUCCGGUUCCAAUGCCUCCUUGGUCAUCACACAAGGCCCAACAACACGCGAGUCCACAGAGCGGAGUAUGGCUAGAUCCGGGCUCCAAAAUGCUAGAUACCCAUUCUGGCUCACUGGCUUUGAUCGCCGCAGUCUUCGAGCGUAUAGCACACGACUGUUGCAAUUUCUGACCUCACAAGAGGGAGCAGCCCGAAGCCUAGCACCAACCCUGGCAGAUUUGUCCUUCCAGGUGUCUCGACAAUCGAACCGGACCCUGCCUCAGUCCCUUAUUUUCAGCAGCAGCUCCAUAGAGGACCUCAAGGAGAGACUGACCGGGUUUGUCAAGGGGGAUGACAAGAUAUUGGUCCCUACUCCACGGCAUCAGGACUCGCAGCCUGUCGUCCUCUGUUUUGGUGGCCAGAUUUCCACCUUUGUCGGUCUGGACCGUGAUGUGUAUGACUCCAUCAAGAUCCUACGCAAGAAUCUUGACGAGGUGAACGAUGUCUGCAUAUCUCUCGGACUCGACAGCAUCUACCCAACAUUUUUCCAAAAGACGCCCAUUCACAACACGGUCGGUCUUCAGACGGCCCUCUUUGCCAUGCAAUACUCCUGCGCCCGAACCUGGAUCGAUUGUGGUGUCAAGGUCUCUGCCGUGGUCGGGCACAGCUUUGGUGAGCUCACAGCCAUGUGCGUCUCGGGCGUCCUCUCUCUGAACGAUGCCGUAAAACUCGUGGCCGGUAGAGCCCGCAUUAUUCAGGACCAGUGGCCUGCCGAGAGAGGGGCCAUGAUGGCUAUCGAGGGCGAUCUUGAGGACGUCCAACGCCUGUUGGCAGAGGCGAGCGACAAAACCCCAAGAGAGGCUGCUGCUACUAUUGCGUGUUUCAAUGGGCCUCGAAGUUUUACCUUGGCAGGCUCAGCUGCGGCCAUCGACACGGUCUUGGAAAUUGUUGCGGAUAAAAAUAACAUGUACAAUUCGGCCGCCUCUGUCAAAACGAAAAGGCUCGACGUGUCACAUGCUUUCCACUCGACGCUGGUGGACAACAUUGUGCCUGCGCUCAAGAAACUAGGUCGCAAGCUCAUCCUCCGGAACCCAGUCAUCCCGCUGGAAAGGGCAGUCCCUGAUGACGAGGCCAAUUCUGCUCUGACCGUGGACUUUGUUUCGGCACAUAUGAGGAACCCCGUGUAUUUCCACCACGCCGUCCACAGGCUGGCGCAGAAAUAUCCAGAGGGCUGUAUCUGGCUCGAGGCCGGGUCCAACUCAACCAUUACUAUGAUGGCUGGUCGUGCUCUCGGAUUACCCAAGUCUUCGUCUUCAUCUUCACUCUUCCAAGCGGUCAAUAUCACGAGCAAUAAUUCGUUCAGGUAUUUGGCCGAGACCACCACAAACCUCUGGCAGGCCGGCUUGGCCGUGUCGUUCUGGGCCCAUCACGCCUCACAGUCUUCCGAGUAUCCCAUUCACCUUUUACCUCCGUACCAGUUCGAAAAGGCCAAACAUUGGAUGGAUCUGAAGAAACCAGUCAAGGCAGUUCUCCAGGAUUCUCUUUCUCCACCUGCUGGUGCACCCCAGAAUCCACCAUUCGGCAGCAUCCCCAACGGCGUCUGGACUUUCAUGGGUUACCAGGACAGCAAAGAAAGCAGAGCUCGAUUUCGUAUCAACACAAACACAGCCGAGUAUGAGAAAUAUGUCUCGGCGCAUGUGAUUGCCGAGACUGCGCCCAUCUGUCCCAGCACGUACCAGCUCGUCAUCGCCAUCGACGCCCUAGCUAGCCUAACGGGAGAUCCAAAGUGCAAGCGGAUCAAACCGCGGCUUCAGGGCAUGGUGAGCCACUCGCCUAUGGUUAUGGGCUCUUCACAGUUGUACUGGCUGGAUGCAGAAAGGGAACAGGCAGAUCCAAAUACCUGGACUUGGAAGAUUGUUGGCGAGAGCAAUAGUAGCAGCAGCAGAUCUGGAUCGUCGAAUCCGACGACGCUCUUCGUGGCUGGCUGCCUUGAGUUCAAGCCUGCACAGGAAAUCGAGCAAGAGAUGCUGCGAUACCAGCGGCUCGUCCAACACGAGCGAAGUCUUGUGCUCCUCGAUGGCAGUGCAGCCGAAGGCGCUAUUGUGGGGAGCCGAAAUAUCUACAGGGCAUUCUCGUCCAUCGUCCAGUACAAGCACCAGAUAUACAGAGGGCUUCAGAGGCUGGCAUGCCGCGGAACUGAAUCCGCAGGGCGAGUCAAACAGGCGCACACCGCCGAUAAGUGGCUUGAUCUCGGCCUUGCCGACGGGUUCUGCCAGGUGGCUGGCAUCUAUCUCAACAGCAUGGCCGACAGUUCUGCUGCUGACGAGGACACGAUGUUUAUCUCUGAUUGCAUCGAUAGUUGGAUAAGGUCGCCUAAACUGGAUUACGAUGACGAAGAAUUGCACCCAGUGGCUGUGUGGGACAUCCUAGCGUGCCACUCGCGGCCUUCGGACGCGGAAUGUACCAGCGAUGUCUUUGUCUUUGAUCAUGAGACGGGCGAGUUGGUUGAAGUGAUUCUGGGGAUUCACUACGUGCGUGUUGCGCGAGGCAUGGUUCCCAAGGUGAAUGGCCAUAACGGUCCUUCAGAGGCCAUUCUCAACGGCCAUUCUAAGCCGGAGAAAAAAGAGAAAAAAUCGCAGAAGACAAAGUCGACGACACGUCCAGAUAUCACGGAUCAAGUACGAGAUUUGGUAUGCAACCUAUCAGGCCUAGAACCCGAAGAGGUGCAGCUCAGCUCGAAGCUCGUUGACCUGGGUAUCGAUUCGCUUAUGGGCAUGGAACUGGCGACAGAAGUACAGAAUCUGUUCAGAUGCAGCCUCGACAUGUCUGACUUGCUGGAGGUCACUGACUUCCGGAGUCUGAUCACUUGUAUCAAUAAGGCCAUUGGACCGGGCGACGCGUCUGUCGAGGAGGACGACAAUGAUGACUACGAUGAAGCUGAGGACGCUGAAGUCCCACAAAUCAAUGGUGACAACAACAGUUUCCAUGCCAACGGGCAGACCAAUGGAGGAAUAGCAGUCAAUGGCUAUACCAGCGAAGACGUGAAUGGUCUCCACACGACCGACACAGAGGACCUCACCUCCAUUCCAAUAUCUGUCCUCCUCGACGCCUUCGACGACACCAAGAGUGCCACAGACCGCUUCAUCCAGGAAAGCGGAUUCUCUGACUAUGUGGAUCAGAUCCUGCCCAAAUCAGAUGAACUAUGCGUCGUGCACAUCCUCGACGCCUUCGACCAGCUGGGUUGUCCGCUGCGCGACGCAAAGCCAGGCCAGGUGCUCGAGAGGAUCGAGUACCUGCCCCGCCACGAACAAUUCGUCGAGUUCAUCUACGAUCUUCUCCAGACGAGCGGCCUGGUUGAGCUGAAGAAGAGUGGUGGUGAUAAUAUCAGAAUAAUCCGGACCAGCAAACGGCCUCCUCAGAAAACAGCCGCCUUGCUCCUCGAAGAGCUGAUCCAAGACAAUCCCAUCCAUGUAUAUGACCACAGGCUGACCUAUCUGACGGGCUGUAAGCUCGCAGACUGCCUGGUCGGAAAGGCUGAUGGGCUGCAGCUCGUGUUCGCCUCGGCGGAGGGGCGUGAAGUCGUCUCCGGGAUGUACGGCAAAUCGCCCAUCAACGUGGCCUGGAUUCGACAGAUGGAACAUCUGCUGCGGGAAUUCUUCCUCCGCCUUCCCAGCCGGCAGCAGCAGCAGAGGAAUCAAGGUCCCAUCGAGAUCCUUGAGAUGGGCGCAGGCACAGGAGGCACCACUGCCAAUCUCAUCCCCGUCUUAGAGGGUCUCGGUGUGCCCUUUAGAUACACAGUGACAGAUCUGUCGCCCUCUUUGGUGGCUGCAGCACGCAAGAGAUUCAAGGGAAAGAAAUUCAUGAACUUCCAGGUCUUGGAUAUCGAGAGUCCUCCACCGGCAGACCUCCUCAGCAGCAAGCACAUUGUCUUGGCCACCAAUUGUGUGCACGCUACGCACAGCCUGGCCGAGUCUACCAGGAAUAUCCGCAAGUUGCUGCGCCCAGACGGUGUGCUGAUGAUGCUGGAGAUGACCCAGACCAUUCCCUGGAUCGAUCUCGUCUUUGGCCUGAUCGAGGGCUGGUGGCUGUUCAACGACGGUCGCCGCCAUGCCCUCCAGCCGCCCGAGGUCUGGGACCGCACCAUGCGGUCUGUCGGGUAUGGCCAUGUUGACUGGACCGACGGCGUUCAGCCAGAAGCCAAAAUUCAGCGCAUCAUCAUCGCCACAGCCUCGACGCCAAACCACCACCAACAACAAAUCGCCGCGCGCCAAACAGCAGUAGACGCCUUCGUCGCCAAGCACACGGCCGACUUUGCCGUCCCUGCGCCGCUGCCCACAGAACAGCAACAGCAGGGUGGCGGCGGUAGUGGUGACUGUGUGCUGAUCACGGGCGCGACGGGAAGUCUCGGCUCGCACCUGGUAGAACACUUUACCAGAAUGUCCAACGUCCAACAGGUCGUGUGCCUCAACCGCCGUAGCGUCAGCACCGAGUCGCAGCCGCGCCAGUUGGCGGCGCUGUCAUCACGGGGCGUGCGGCUUUCGCGCACGGAGCUGGCCAAAAUCAAGGUGCUGGCGGGCGACACGAGCAGAGCCUGGCUGGGCGUGGGCAAGUCGGAAUAUUUUGAGCUCGCCGCCACCGUGACCCAUGUCGUGCAUAAUGCGUGGCCCAUGAGCCUAUCGCGUGCUGUGGAGGCUUUUGAACCUCAGUUUCGGACUAUGCGCAAUCUUCUGGAUCUGGCGGCCGAGUGUGGAGCGCGGAAUAGGAAGAGAAGGAGACAGUCUGGGAUCGAAUCAUCUGAGAUGGACAAGGUUGGCUUCUUGUUUGUGUCGUCGAUUGCAACAACAGGCUACUAUCCAUUAUGGUCAGGGCAAGUUCGGGCGCCUGAGGACAGGGUUGGUGUUGAGUCCGUGCUGCCCAACGGCUACGGCGACGCCAAGCUCGUGUGCGAGAAGAUGUUGGACAUGACACUGCAUCGAUUCCCAGACACAUUCACUAGACCCAUGGUGGUACGCAUUGGCCAAAUCGCGGGGUCUACCUCGAGUGGUUAUUGGAACCCCGUGGAGCAUCUCGCCUUCUUGAUCAAAUCCUCGCAGACCGUGCGUGCUCUGCCAAACUUCAAAGGGACUCUCUCUUGGUGUCCAGUUGAUAGUGUGGCCGCAACCCUCGGAGACCUCCUUCUCGGUUCCGACAAGGCACAUCCCGUCUACCACAUUGAGAAUCCUGCGCGCCAGUCCUGGCAGGACAUGGUUCGGCUUCUAGCUGAGCAGCUCGAUGUUUCCGACGUCGUGCCAUUUUCGGAAUGGUUAGAGCGGGUCCGGAGUCAUCCCGGCUCGGUCGAGGACAAUCCCGCCGUGGGCCUGGUGGAUUUUCUUGGACGACACUUUAUCAGGAUGUCGUGUGGUGAUCUUGUCUUAGAUACGGUUCAUGCACGGGAGCACUCCGAGACGCUGCGUAAUGUGAGGUCUGUGAGUCACGAGCAGGUAGCCAAGUAUGUCGAGAGUUGGAAGAGGACUGGAUUUCUGAGGGAGUAG